UCGGAAUAAGAAAUCAGUCUUUCAUCCAACCUAAGCGGCCUGAUCUGAUAUAGGCGUCGGCGGCCUCUUCACGAACAUACGGUGCUGCAUUAACAAACAUUCCAAGAGGGCGAGGAGAAGUGGCCGGCUGACCAAGGAGACCAGUCUUGAAAUGGCUAGCCCAAGUCCUUCGGAAUGUCGCCCAUUCAUCACCAAAGUUUUCAACGAUGAAGUGGCGAGUGGUGACGUUCUGCCAGCACUUUACCAUUACAGUCAAGGCAACGGAGCACACAAGCGUCGCAGAGUCGGAGAUCCCACCAAAGACGUUCCUCACUUUCUAAGGACAGAGCUGUCCGUCGGGGACCUAGAUGGAAUCGUGAGGCACCUCUGGUUAGCUGGAUCGAGACGCCCACCAACACAGCUUCACCACCAAAUUGCCAUAGGUCGUCAAAUCGCUCUUGUGGAUCGUCUAGACCUGCACCUGAUAUGGGCUGACAAUGGAACCCUAUAUGUAAAAGCGCUGCCGCGCUUUAUUCUCGACCCGUCUUUCUGGAAGGAUCAUCUAGAAUGUUCUCCUGGCUGCAAAUGUCAGCUGCCUGGUCGAAAGUCUACCGCAAUGACGACGUGUAUAAAAGGGCCAAGGCAGGCUGCGCUCGGUCUGCUUUAUUCAUACAUCUGCCUAGUGUCUUCAGAAAGCGACUACUUUUUCGCUAAUGAGAAGCAUCUACUGCCUCUCGAGUCGGAUGGUUCUGCCAUUACAUGGAAAAAGUGGAAAGAGCUCGCAAGAGAGCUCCACAAGAACAUUCGGUUGCGCGACGUACAUUCUCGUUUCCAUCGCGGUGAGCUUCGCCUCUCGCGGCUGAACGCCAUCAACCGCAUAACGAACGUGUCUCUAUUUAUCUUUGCUGCCUUCGUGCUGACAGCCAUGCAAGUUGGGCUCGCGACGGAGAAACUAGGAAAGAAUGCAGACUUCCAGCGAGCAUCGUACGGGUUUACAGUCUUUUCACUUGUUGGGCCGAUAUGCUUCGUGGUGUUGAUGGCUCUGAUUGCCCUCUUCAACCUGCUCGUUGGCUUACCGGGUCUACUCUCCGACACUGACAAAGCAUUCACAGACACGCAAAUCGCUCAUGUGAACAACGCUGGUGCCAUGACUACAAAGACACAGAAGCAAGGACAUUUGACUUCAGCUACAUUGGACCCUGUAUGACUACCAAGAAUGAAUAUACACGCGACAUAGGGACUGGUGCAAGAACCAUAGACUCUCCAGGCUCAAAACAUCUGACGACACCUGUCGGGAUCUAGCCUUGUUAGAUGUCUCUACACUCAACAUUCACUCUUACAUUGACACCUGCCAGUUCUCAGUUGCUAACCCGUGCAACGUGCUGCAGAACCGCGCCAGGUCGCGAUGCCAUCAUCCCUGAUCCUUUGCCUUAUACACGGUCGGGUCGGGCCCGUCCCGAUAUGUAGUAUUCGUAGAAACGUACGAUGCGGAAGCGGGCGCAUUAAAAUUUAAUGCUGCAUGAAUUGAUUAUGGCACGCUACUUAGAUUACAC